UGGGAACUAGAGGGGAUGGGGUGGUAGCUCUCGAAAUGUGCUUACUAUUGUAUUCCUUCCCUCUCUCCCUCCCCCUCUCUUCCCCUUUCCUUGUACCUAUAUAUAGCCUGAAAGGAGCUAAGGAAUAGAGCCCUUCACUAACCACUCUGCCGAUGCUAAGGCCACUAGAACAGGGUCCCAUUCUUAGCAGUUAUGAUGAGGAAAUGAUUACCAAAUAUAUACUUGGCCAGCCCUACACUCCUCUGCUGUUGCUGUGUAUCGCUGAGCAAGCAAGACUUGGAAGAACAAAGAAAAAUGUGAAAAGGUUCCUGAGUCAACCAACAGCUCUAUUACUGUCCUGUCACUGGCCAAUGACUUCUGCGGGCACUAUGGAGAGCCCUAUUGGGUUGUUGAGUGAGAUAGAGGAAGCUGAGAUUGGGAUUGAUUUUUAAGCAGUGGUGGGAGACAUGGAGGACUUUUGUUUGCAGAUGACUUCGUUGGUGUUAGUACGUGGUCUAUGCCCCUAGUGCUGUGGCACCCACCUGAAUAUUGUUUAUUUAUAGCGA